UAUAGAGGGCGCUAGUUUUUCAAGAUGGCUGCGCCCAAUCAAGCCGUUGAUUGCCCGGUGUGCGGAAAGAAGUGCACUGUCGGGACAAUAAACAGUCACAUCGAUCAAUGUCUAAAGACUGAAGAUACUAAGUUCAUAGGAGAGACGUCAACAGACGGGAAAUGCGAGGAUGACAUGCCACCUAGAAAGAAAAAGAAGUUUGAAAGUGAAGAGACAAAAAUCGCGGCAAGUUGGGGUUUCCUGGCGAGUCCAAACAGGAAGGAGAUCCCUCAAAAGGGGGGAAUUCCCCGUAUGAAAGGGUCACAUGCUUCUUCACAGAUCAGCCAGUCAGAUCAGACUACAAACGAAAAUAAAUUUUUUAAUACAAGGUCAGCACAACCCUCGGGGGUAGCGACAACAUCGUGCACAAGCCGUACAAUGCAUGCGUCUGAAAACUCGUGCCUAGGUUUUGGCGGGAAAGAUGGACACAAGCCUUUAGCUGAGCAAAUGCGUCCACUGACAUUAGAUGAUUACACUGGACAGACACAAGUACUGGGGAGUAAUAAACUACUCCGGUCACUUCUUGAUGCGCACGCGAUACCCUCCAUGAUAUUGUGGGGACCACCUGGUUGUGGAAAGACCACCCUUGCCCGUAUCAUAGCUAAUGCUAGUAAAAAGAAGAACAAUUCUCGGUUUGUACAGAUGUCAGCAACAGGUUCAGGGGUCAAUGAUGUCAAGGAAGAAGCCAAAAAAGCAAAGAAUGAGCUGGCCUUGUUUAAAAGGAAAACCAUUCUGUUCAUUGAUGAAGUUCAUAGGUUCAACAAGACACAACAGGAUGCAUUCCUUCCCCAUGUGGAAGAUGGUACAAUAACCCUGAUUGGUGCUACUACAGAGAACCCUUCCUUUAAAGUUAACUCUGCAUUGCUGAGCAGAUGUAAACUCAUUGUGUUAGAGAAGCUGACAGCGGAGGAGAUUGUGACCAUUUUAAACAGAGCUUUGCAGCAUUUAUGUGUUGAAGUAGUUGGAAGUAUAAAUGAUGCCAAGAAACUUGUUGAAGGAAAUUCCACCACAGAGAAACCUAGAAAAUUUAUUACCAAAGAUGCUGUAAAGUACCUAGCAAACCUCUGUGAUGGAGAUGCCCGUUCAUCACUGAACACUCUGCAGAAUGCUAUCGAAUCAAGACUGGCCUUUUACAAGGCAGCAAGGCAUGGCAAUUAUGGGAAAGAAUCCAGGCAAAUGCUUGCUGAGAAAACGGCUGUCUCUCAAAAAAAGAGAAAAUCAGAUGUGGCAGGAGAGAAUGAAGUGGCAGGUGAGAAAACGCCAGAUAUGGGAGAGGAAUAUGUAGUUGUGGAUGUGGAGCACGUAAAGGAAGGGUUGCAAAGGUCACAUAUUCAUUAUGACAGAGCAGGUGAUGAACAUUAUCACUGUGCCUCUGCCCUACAGAAAUCAAUAAGAGGCUCAGACGCAAAUGGCGCCCUCUACUGGCUAGCAAGAAUGACACUGGGAGGAGAGGAUCCACUCUUCAUUGCAAGGAGGCUGGUAGUGUGUGCCAGCGAAGACAUCGGUCUUGCAGAUCCACAGGCACUGCCACUUGCAGUUGCAACAUACCAAGCUUGCCAUUUCAUUGGAAGGCCUGAAUGUGAAAUCAACCUCUGCCACUGUACUGUAUACCUGGCCAAAGCUCCCAAGUCAAACGAGGCAUAUGCUGCUUACGCCAAAGCUAAACAAUCCAUACAAAACCAUCAGGGGCCAUUACCAGGUGUGCCGCUGCAUCUGAGGAAUGCUUCUACAAAAUUGAUGAAAGAUUUAGGAUAUGGCAAAGGAUACCUGUACAGCCACGACCAGGAUAGUAGCCGUCAAACUUAUCUACCAGAGGGCUUGGAAGGUGCUAACUUUUUUGAGAAGAAACAUGUGAAAUAAGAGAAUGACUUGCAAUAAAUGGUGCAUACUGUGUGUAACAGUGGAUGCACAAUUGCAUUGGCUGUACUGACAAUCAUUUACAACAUAGAGAUAUAUGAUGUUCAACCGACCAUAAUGCUUAUAGUUCUCCAAUGCAAUGGCAGACGGGAACUGAAGGACUCCUGAAGCUUAAAAAGGCCAUGUUACUGUUUGUGUCAGGUUAAGUUUUUAUUUAUGGUAAUGAAAAAAACAAAAGAGAGACACCAUAGUUUUGGGGAACUCUGUACUAAUUGUAAUUGUGCCAACCAGUAUCUAUGAGUGAAUCUGAGUAGAAUUGGCAUCUAAUUUGUCAACUCAAAUAAAAAAAAA